AUGUCAGCCGGCGAUCGGCUGUCUGCUCCAGGGCCCAUGGAGAUCAACGCUAUUGAGGCGUCGGGUGCUCACCCGCGUUCGGGCUAUCGGCGGAACAAUCGUCCACUGACUUGCUUCCGUUGCCGGAAGAUUGGACAUCGCGCGGCAGAGUGUCGUGCGCCGGCUCCGGUGCUCGCCCACCUUGAUGUGGACGAUUGCCUGGCCGCUCAACCAAAAAACGGUUAG